AUGAUGUUUUCUAUUUUUAUUGGAUUUUUCUUUACUUUGACAAUAAAUGGUUUGCCGUUGAAAGAUCAAUUAGGCCCGGUACAGCCGGCUGGUCAUAAGUUGGAGUAUUUGGCUGCGGUAAUUUUUUUUAAACAAAUAAAUUUUAAAAAAUUUUUAUUUAUAGUUUUUAAGAAUUUCUUCUUUUUUUUUUAGUUAUGGCGACACGGCGACAGAGCACCGGCAAAAUCAUUUUACCAUGAUUUGGUCAAUGCAUCUUACUGGGACAAUGGUUAUGCUCAGCUGACAAAUGUAAGUCUUCCAUUACUUCAACCUUAGCUCUAGCCCCGAGCCCUAGCCAUGAACACUGGCCUAGAGCCCUAGCCCAAAGCCCUAGCCCUAGCCCUAGCCCUAGCCCUAGCCCUAGCCUAGAGCCCAGAGCCCAGAGCCCUAGCCCAGAGCCAUAGCCUAGAGCCCUGGCCCAGAGCCCUAGUCUAAAGCUCAGCACUAGUCUCAUCAUUAGCUUUAGCUGUAGGCUUAAUUUUAAUUUUAACCUUAGCUCUCGUUCUAGGCCUUACAAUUUGAACCCCUACCUUGAUCAAAUUCAGCCCUAGCCUGGUUAAACUACUAAAAAUUUCUUUUUCAGUACGGUAUUGAACAACAACGUCGUCUAGGAAAGUGGAUUUACAACCGUUAUGUACAAGAAUUCAAGUAUUUACCGACUGAUUUUGAUAGUAAAUCAAUUAAAAUUCAAUCUACAUGGUACAAUAGGACCAAAGAAAGUGCACUAUACAACUUUAAAGGGCUUUAUGGAGAAGACAUCAGCUUUGGCAAGCUUAAAAUACUCACUAUACCUGAUGACCAGGUAGAUAUUGUUGGGUUACCGUACGAUAACUGCGAAUACGCUCAUCAACUGGCCAAAGAAAUUUUGAAGACAAAAGAAGUCAAAGAGUAUCUGGUGCAACAUAAAGUAAGAUUUCUUUACUAAAAGUUGUCUAUGUUGCUAAAUAUAUAUUACAACUGUAAUUUUAUAGCAAUGGCAACAAAGGCUGGCUAAAGCAAUGAACAUGAGCAUGGAUAAUGUGGUCGACUGGUUUUCGAUUGAAGACCCACUUUAUUUGGAAGUAAGUUUUAUACCCUACCCUACCCUACCCCACCCUACCCUACCCUACCCUACUCUGCCUUACCUUAUCCUACCCUAUUCUACUCUACUCUGUCCUACCCUUAUCUUCCUUACCUUACUCUACCGUAUGCUACUCUAUUCUAUUAUACCCUACCUUACCUAUCUUACCUUAUCUUGCUCUAUUGUAAACCACUCUAACUUAAAGUAUUUUGCUCUAAUCUACCCUACUCUACCUUAUCUUGCCGUACCCUAUCUUACCGAAAAUCCCCCUAACCUAAAAUGUCCUAUCCGAAAAUGCUUUAUCUUACGUUGCCGUAUAUUACUCUACCCUAAACUAUCCUACCCUACCCUACACUAAUAUAACCAUUCCAGAAGCGAAAAGGCCUAAAACUCUCUCCAGAGUACGAAACUAACUACGCCGAGAUCUUUGACAUGUAUCUACAAGGAAUUCGCUUUAUGUAUGGUUUAGACUUAAAACCUCAAAACUUGAUUGAUUGGCGAUACGAAAUGGUCAAAAUGCAAGCAGGAGGAUUGUUAACAACUGUUGUGAAUGACAUGUCGGUUAGGGCAUUUUGUGAACAUAAUCCUAAUCAAGCAUACUGUAAGAAGGAUGGCGCCGAUGACUUGAAAUAUAGGGUUUUUUUCUAUGGUAAGUUAGUGUAAUAUCCUAUUAUAACUUCAAAAAAUUGUUGUUGUUAAUGCAAAUUUAAAAAAUUGUUUAAUGGUGCACAUGGUACUUUGAGUGGUACUACUCUGUACUCUUGGUACCAACGGUACUCAUUUUUUUAAUAAAAUUAAUUUUUUUUAAAUUUUGUUUUUAAACAAAAUUUCGUUUUAAAAAAAAUUUUUUAAAAACGGUACAUUUGGUACAUAUAUUACCUUUAGUGGUACCACUGGUACUUCUUUGUAUAAUACUUUUAAAAAUUAUUUAAAAUUACGUUUAAAAACAAAAAAUUUUUAAAAACGGUACGUUUGGUACAUAGGGUAUCUUUAGUGGUAUUAUUGGUAAUUCUUUGUAUAAUACACUUGGUACCGUUAGUGGUACCACUGUUACACUUUUAAUAGUAUCAUUAAUUUGACAGUACUAAUUUGAUAUUAUUUUUUAAAAUUUUUCCAGCACGACACCAACGUACUAGGCGUACUAAACAGUUUCGACUUCCCAAAGGUUGAUUACAACCGAAAUGACAAUGUUGAACUAGGAUGUUCCUUGUUUUUCGAACUUUGGAGUGAUGAAGAGAAACAAAAAUAUGUCAAAAUCAUUUACCGACGAAGUCCGGAAGAAAUUUUCGAUCUAAGCGAACAAAUCAGUGGCUGCAAAAGUAUUGGCAAAGGGCUGGGAUGCAGUUUGGAGGACUUCUUGAAACGUACGGACAAGUACUUGAUACCUAGGACUGAUAAGGUAAUUUUACAAAUUCUUAUUGAUUUUGCUACUUAAUUCUUUGUUUUAUGUUAAAUCGCAAUAUAUUAUAGUAUGUCGUACUGUAAUGUAUUUUGUAUUUCAGUACUGUGCUAAGCCGUUACCUUCUGAAUCCUCCACUGACGAUGCUCCAUUAGUACCUUUUAAAGUUUAG